AACCCACUCGAUACUCGGAAUUACGGAUUAUCUGUCUCUCGUGAAAUUAAUGUUAGUCACUCGCUAUAAAGCUCGUGACUGACAACAUUAAUUUCACUCGGGACAGAUAAUUCGUAAUUCCUCGUAACUCGUAAGUUAUUGUCCUAGGGUCAGACAUAUUUUUCUAGCACUGUGCAAAAGCUGGAUAACCCUGUCCAGUGGGCAAAGAAAGUGUUCUCUGACCCGAGGAAUGAACAUUUGAACGCUCGAAGGGUCUGAAGCUGUUGUGCACAGGUCGGGGUCGUACACACCCAAAAGGAAAUUUGAAUUUCAGAUGUUCAAAUACGGCAUUUUUAGUAUUCUAAACAAAAUAACAGGUAAAAACGUGGUGUGGCAUGGCCCCGCCUUCCCCCUCUUUCGCGACCCAUGUUCGUCUUUUGUGUUUCUCAACGUUCUCGUUUUUUCUACGGAUUAUACCGAACAUUUCCGAAUGAUAAUAAUCACAUGAUCGUGACGUUUUACUCAAUAUUUGUGAGGUUUAUUACAUAGAUUUUCCAUGAAAGAAAGUAGUCGGAUUUUUUUAGUUUUUGUUAGUAUUGGCUUUUAAUAUUUAUUUAAAAUGAGGGCUAAUACUGUGUGUUUUUUCUUGAUUUUGUGUCAACUGUAUACCUUGUCAAAAUCAACGGGAACGACUACUACGACUUCGUCGACUGUAACUUCCAAAAGUACAGCAACCAGAACUACACCCAGUCCCACCCCAAUAACACGGUCUACAACUAUUUCUCCGACUGAAGAAUGUUCAGCACAUAACAAAUCCUGUGAUGACUGUCUUAAUAAGGGUGGUGUUAAAUGCUUCUACUGUGAAGGCGAAAAAUCUUGCAAACCUUAUCCCAAGGAACAUUGGUUGCCGUGGACUUUGUCUUGUGACCUGGCUGAUGUUCGAUGGGCUGUUUGUUGGCUGAAUUUCAAGGCGAUGCUGAUUUCUGUUGGAGUGAUUGGUGGUUCUAUUGUCUUGGCCAUCACAUUCUGCUGUAUCUACUGCUGCUGUUGCCGUGGGCACAACAAAGCCAAGUAUGUAAAGGAUGAACUUAAGAUGGAAAGGGAGAAGACGGAACGAAAACAUCGCUCAGAUGAUCGAAGAGCCGAACGACAGGAGAGGCUGAAUGAGAUUCGACGAAAAUACGGAAUUGACUUUAAAGGCCUUGUCAAAGAUGAACCAUCCUAUGAACGAAUGGAUGCAUAGAUCAAGACUGAUUGUGUUGUGAACUGCUAACACUGUACUUGAAUACUGUAAAUCAGAAAAUGUUAGCGAAUUUAGCGAGGUCAUACAAGAUGCAAAUAUUUCAUGACGAUAAACUUCCGAAAAACUUAUGUCCGAUUGUUUUGUCUGUGAUUAACUGAACUCACAACAAUUGUUACAUGCUAUUGACUAAACCACAGGGAUCCACAGGGAUAGCAAACAAAAAUAGUUAGUUGGCAUGCAUAUUACUGCAAUUUUCUACUACAUUUAAGUUGCCUAUAUGCUGCUUAACGUCAUGAUUCGUCAAAAACAUUAUUUCAGCUGAUCCUACAACUUAAGCUUAUUCUUUUUUUAGUUUCUGAUACGAUGACCUUGCUAAAGUUCUAUGUCUCUUAUAUGUCAUUUAUGUGGAUUUUGCUAAAUUUUAAGAUUGCUAAUAGUAUAUGAUUUACAGUAGUUAAGCUGUGUUUGAUUAGAAGUAUUGAGGAGUUAAAAUGUAUUCUUACUACCGUCUCGGCUGUUUGCUAGAAAGAUGAAAAACAUUUACCAUAACUUUUGGAGUGGGUGGAUUGGCACUUGAUAAAAUAUUAUGGAAAUUGUUCCAUUGGAGAUUAUAAUUAUUAUAAAAAUUAAUUUGUAAAGUAUUCUAGUAAUCAUUGGAGACUACAAAGCCAUUUCAAAAAUGAUGUAGGUUUGGAAGGUGGGAUAGAGUUGAUGGUUUAUCUAGGUUUUUUGUUUUUUUACUUUUCACUCCCCACAUAAUUAAAACAAAUAACUGUGCUUCAUUUGCAUUAAGAACAUUUCCAAAAGCCAUAACAAUUAUAAUUUUGAUGCCUCCCACAUGUUGAUCAUUUAAUUUUGUGGAACAACGAUUUUAUUUUUCUCAAAGUUGUCUUUAUUUUCAGUUUUAGAAACUUAGUGUGUUAUUUUUAAAAUAUUUCUCAAAGUACGUAUUUGUUUUUUCAUUAACAUUUUGUGCCAUACUGCAACUCACAUGUAUGAUUUACUACUUUGUAACAUAAUUUUAGUUUUUUGUAUAUUACACUAACAUAAAAGGUUUAUUUGAGCUAAUUAGUUAUUGCACUUCAUCUUUUCUUUUCAUUUUGAUUUAUUUGAUAUUAGAUCAUUUCUGAUGUUUUUUGUCAUAUGAAUUUCAUAAUUUGACAAGUGGUAAAAAAAGUUAAUGUACAGGUAUUAAAAGAAAAACCAAGGAUAUUGGUAUCAACAUGUAUCUAAAUUGUGUUUUGGUUUACAUUGCUUUAUAAGAUUAUCUGUAUUAACUUUUUAGAAAAACUGCAUUAUCAUAUCUUUGUGACAGUUUCCAAUAGAAACAAAUGGUAAAGUAUGUCAGUUCCCAAUUACCAAAAGCAUGCUUACCCCGAUCUAAAGCAGUAGGAAUAAAAAGGAAAACUACCAGUGUAUUUGUAGGAAGUGAUUUGGUUAACUGGAAGGGUGGAGGGGUUGCAUUUUUCUGUUGGAAAUCUGUUAGAAAGAUAUUUUUAAAGCAUAUUGUCUAUGGCAUAUGUAUAUAUGUAAGUAUUCUAGCAUCAGGCAAACCAUUUUUUAACUUUCAAACAGUUCUUUGAUUUAGAUCAAACUAAAGUAAAAUAACUUUUGACAUGGUCAGCUGUGUUAAUUAAAAGUGGAAUCAUUAUGAUAGAAUGUUGUAUUCAUUUGAGUGAAUACGCUGUUUCAGUAUCCAAUAAUGUAGUAAUAUUUUUAUAUGGCAUUACAUUUAUUUCAAAAAGAGAUUAAAUGUGUGUGUAUAUUUUUGUAUUUGUCCAUAUAUGUUUGAUAUAUUUGUAUAUAUGAUCAAUGGCAAAUGAAAACUUUCAACCUGGCAUUUCAUAAAAUUAGCAAAAGAAAGAACUAUUUUUUGUCAUUGUUUGGUUAUAUGUCUCAAAGAUUUUUUAAGUAAAUUGUUUUUUCCAUGUUGAAAGAUUUCUAAUGCCACAUGUUUAUUGAUGAUUAUCCACCUAUGGACUUAACCUGUACAGAUUGUUAUUAUUUUUUAAUUUCCACUAUACUUAGAGCACUAACAUUUAUCUGACUAUUGAACCCUUGAUCAUUCAGACAUUUGAAUUAAGAUUUGUAGAUAGCUGUAACUUUAACUAAAAUCUUAACCCUAACCAUUUGGUCACUUAAAAGAUGACAUAUUCAGUUGCAUUUUUCUGUUGUAUAAAUAGAAAUCUGUUACAAAGAUGUUUUUAAAGCAUAUUGUCUAUGGCAUAUAUGUAUAUAUAAGUAUUCCAGCAUCAGCCAGAUUUUGUUUUAUGGAAGAGUAUUUAUAUGCUCAAAUGUUUUGUUUUAAAACAAAAAAUUAUUUUGGUAAAGACAUUAAAAAAAAUUGUAGUGUUUUUUAGGAGCCGACGCGUUUGUGCACCAUGUCAUACCAUGUGUCUUGUAUUCCAGGUGCUUCUAAUUUUGGGGGUUUGGUCUAUGUUGCUCAAUAUAAAAGGAAAAGCCAUUAUUUUUUUAAAACAUUAAAAAUUUUAUGCUUGCUGUAUAGAUAGAUGUACUGGUACAUAUAUAGAUGCAUACUUUGUCAUUUGGUACAAAGCAGAGUAGAUUUAGUUUUGACUGCUUAAAAGAAAAGAAAAAAGAAUCCUUUCUUUGAAAUGGACUUUUUAAUAGGUAUUAUGAUCAAUUAUAAUUGUAAUUAAGAGUUUCUUUAUUGCAUUCCAUUUUCUGUUUAAAUUUUCAAUUAAAAAUAAUAUUGAAUACCUCGGGGUUAUUUUAUUUUAUUUUGUUUUGAUCUCCAAAUAUUCUAACUUCAACUUACUGUACAUUUGUUACAUGCAUGUAACUCUUGGAAUGCCUUGAUACCAGUUAUUGUGAUUUCGUUAUGUUAACAACAAUAUGCAUGAUAGUGCUACCAGGUGUAGUAGUGUCAAACUUGUUGAUCCUAGCCAAUUCUGUAACAACUGGUAUUGUGAUUUUGUUUAACAAUCAAAUUAUUUUUGUUUUGGGUUUUUUCCAUCUGAGAUCACCUUAGAAGUCACAGUAUUACAAGAACAGUGUAUGUAUUUCAAAAUGUGUCAUCAUAGGAGUUAUAAACCACACUUUUAAUCUAUUUUUGUGUAUUACAUGCCUAUAACAACAGUGACUAUUUGUUCCAAAAUUAUUUAUGAAAUAUAUCGAUUCUUUUUA